AAGCAAUUUUGGCGGCUCAAGGUUCCGAGGGGCCGUCGCCGGCCUCCCAGGGCUCCCCUCGGGCGUCUCUCGUUCCUCUCAGUUUUGCACAUUUGCAGACGGCAUGAUGCGCUUUCGCACGUCUCACAGCGUCGGCGCGCUGCUCCUGCUGCUGGUAGCGCGCGGCGCCCCGAGCGCCGGGUCGCCGGCGAGCGGGACGCUGGCCCGCCCGAGGCUGGAGGGCUCGGCGAGCGGUCGCCUUCGCGAGCCGCAGGCCGAGUUCGGGAGGCGCCAGGCUACAAGCGGCGAGCAGUUGCUCAAGCUCUUGGUGAGUGAUGGGAUCGAGUACCACAAGUUCGGUAAAUCGGUGGCCGUUAGCUCCGACGGGGCCCGCGUGGUGGUGGGGGCCGGCUACUAUGACGACCAGGGCACCAAUUCUGGCUCCGCGUACGUGCUCGACGGGGCCACUGGCGAGAUGCUGCUCAAGCUUGUGGCGAGUGAUGCGGCCUCGCUCGACAGAUUCGGUACUUCGGUGGCCGUGAGCUCCGACGGGGCCCGCGUGGUGGUGGGGGCCUGGGGUGACGACGACCAGGGCAGCAAUUCUGGCUCCGCGUACGUGCUCGACGGUACCACGGGCGAGAGGCUGCUCAAGCUUGUGGCGAGUGAUGGGGCCGCAGGCGACUGUUUCGGAACCUCGGUGGCCGUGAGCUCCGACGGGGCCCGCGUGGUGGUGGGGGCCUACUAUGACGACGAUCAGGGCCCUCAGUCUGGCUCCGCGUACGUGCUCGACGGUACCACGGGCGAGAGGCUGCUCAAGCUUGUGGUGAGUGAUGGGGCCGCAGGCGACUUUUUCGGAACCUCGGUGGCCGUGAGCUCCGACGGGGCCCGCGUGGUGGUUGGGGCCUCUUGGGACGACGACCAGGGCAGCAAUUCUGGCUCCGCGUACGUGCUCGACGGGGCCACCGGCGAGAGGCUGCUCAAGCUUGUGGCGAGUGAUGGGGCCGCAGGCGACUAUUUCGGAACCUCGGUGGCCGUGAGCUCCGACGGGGCCCGCGUGGUGGUGGGGGCCCGGGGUGACGACGACCAGGGCAGCAAUUCUGGCUCCGCGUACGUGCUCGACGGUACCACGGGCGAGAGGCUGCUCAAGCUUGUGGCGAGUGAUGGGGCCGUAGGCGACAAUUUCGGAUUCUCGGUGGCCGUGAGCUCCGACGGGGCCCGCGUGGUGGUGGGGGCCUGGGGUGACGACGACAGCUCCGGCUCCGCGUACGUGCUCGACGGUGCCACGGGCGAGAGGCUGCUCAAGCUUGUGGCGAGUGAUGGGGCCAGAUACGAAAAAUUUGGUAAUUCGGUGGCCGUGAGCUCCGACGGGGCCCGCGUGGUGGUGGGGGCCUACUAUGGCGACGAUCAGGGCACUCAGUCUGGCUCCGCGUACGUGUUCGACGGCACCAUCGUCACCACCGAGACGGCCACGAGUUCCGCGACGUCAAGCACUACUACCACCAUCAAGACAACCACCGAGACAACAACUGAGACGACCACCGCGACGACCACCGAGACGGCCACGACGACCACCGAUACGGGCACGAGUUCGGACACGUCAAACACCACAGCCACCACCGAGCCAUGGGGAUUAAUUGCAGUCUUCGCUGGUGUCUUGAUCUUCUUCAUUCACAACGCGGAGGUUGAGGUCAACUAGUCGGAGCAGGACGCGGAGAUCGAUGAGCACGAGUCGGCGCACCGUAUUUAGCACGACGCAGUGCCUGUAUCAUCUACGCCAACUCACCUUUGGCUUCGAGAAGCCACGUUUUUUCUCUUCAUAGGAUCAGUAACUGCCUAGUCUGGUCCGACACAGACGGCACAGUCCUUUUGUAAGGUUGCGGCUACAUUCAGCACCAACCCUUUGGCGCUCGAGCGCCACGUUUUCGCACGCACCAGUGUCAGGCUGCAAUGCUGGCUUGCAGGCGACGUCCGCCUGCUGUCAGCCCAGUCGGAUCAUCGCUCUUCAGUAGUUCCGCCUCGCAUGCUCGCGCGCGACAAGAGCCGACACAAGAGCCAGUUUCCCGGAUUGGGUCGCUCCGUUCUC